CAAAGUUACGAGAGUCAGUCAGUGUGUCACGAGCAGGUGAGGGGGACGCACGCUGCCGCAUCCUCUCUCACUUUCCAUGCGGCCCACCUCCUCCCUCCGCGCCAGCCGAUCUCACGAAGCCAGCCUCUCAGCAUCCCUUUACCGCCAUUACUUCGUCUAUUAACCCCUCUCCCUCUCUUCCCUUCUGCUCAAACGUCCCAUUAACAUAUAGACGAGACUUUAGAGGGUAUACGUACAUGAUUAGUUAGCCGUGUGUGGGUCUGUGUACGUGUUUAUGUGCGUGUUUUAAGUGGUUAUUAGUGAGAGAGUGAGUGAUGCGCUGAAAGCCUGUGUUUGUGUACCUGUUUGUGGCGGUGGUGGUGACUCUCUCCGCUCACGUGCAGGAGAAAAAAAAGAAAGUAACGAAGAAGAUAACACGAGAGAGGAAGAAGGGAAGAAAAACAGAAGUAAAGAAGAUAACAGAGGAAAGGAAGAAAAAAAAAGAUAAUAUUGCAGAGAGGAAGUAGGAAAGAAGGAGAGAAGAAACAAAGAUAACACAGAAAAGAAGGAAAGAAAGAAGGAAUAACGAAAGGAGAAAACGAAAUAAAACAACAGAGAGAAGAAGAGGGAAAGAAAGAAGGCAAGAAACAAGGAAGAUAACACAAAGAGAGGAAUAAAGGAAAGAAGAAAGAAAGAAGAAAAGGAAAGUAACAAAGAAGAAAACAAGAGAGAGAAAGAAAAAGAAGGGGAAGACAAUAGAUCGGGCCACACUGUCUUUUGUUUGAACGAAGAUGCGUCGGUGGUGGUGAUGGUGGUGGUGAUGAUGAUGGUGAUGAAAAUGGUGAUGAUGUUAUUAGUUCCUGCUCAUUUCAAGACGACUUUAUUAAUAUUUGGGCAAGAGUAAGUGAGAGCAGACAGCGGCGAGCCCUGAGAAUGGUGUCGCCCGGCGGUGGGUGGUGGCGCUGGUGGUGGUGCUGGGCGUGGUGGUGGGCGGGGGUGGGGGGCGGGUGGGGCGCCGUCAUCCCGCCGCCCUGGGUCAACCACACCCUCAACCCCUGCGCCGCCCAGUCCUGGCAGCUCCUCCUGUGGCCCAGAGACGCGUCCUGCCACAGAAUCUUUACCCAGGGUCCGUGCGGCGAGACUCAAGAGUUCUACUUCGACGUGGCUGCCGGGGAGGGGCGGUGCCGGUGUCCCCGCGGCAGCCUCUUGCACCGCGACACCCGCCGCUGCCACUCCCGCUACUCCCGGGGCCCCUGCCUGCCCAGGGAGUACCUGGACGGGCACGGCGAGGAGCUGCGGGAGGGGGAGGGGGCCUGCCGGGCUUUCGGGGAAUGUCCACCUGGGCAGGUGUUCUGGCCGCCCACGGGAGAGUGUCACCAGCACCACACCCGCGGGCCCUGCCUCAACGGCUACCUCAUCUACGUGAACCCAAACACCGGGUUCCCGGACUGUGGCUGUGAGCGCAGCGUGAUGUUCAGCAACUACUGGGCCUUGACGGGGCUGUGCUUCGAGCUGUUCCAGCGCGGGCCGUGUCUGGACGGCACCAUCUUCCUCUACAACGCGACGCGAGGAGCCACGCAGUGUGGCUGUAGCUCCUCCAUCCUCACCAACUACCACCACGAGAGCAGCGGCUGCUAUGAGCUAGGGCAGCGGGGCCCCUGCCGCCCCGGGCAGCUGCUGGCCUUCAACCCCGCUGCCCUGGUCACCACCUGCACCUGCCGCCCUGACCAUGCUCUCUGGCCACCCAGCGGGGCCUGCCAUCUGCUUUAUUCCCGGGGGCCGUGCCCCACUGGUCACUUUUUCACGCCCGCACCCAACAACACUGGCACGUGCCAGCCGUACCCGUGCUCGGGCACGCGCCGCUACCACCCGUCCACGGACGACUGCUACAGGCUGGGGCGGCGCGGCCCCUGUCACCUCGGCAGUCUCUUCAUCUACGACGAGGACACACCGCUGAGGGGCACCUGCGGCUGCAUACAGGAGCUGGUGGGCUACUGGCCGGCGGACGGCCGCUGCUAUGAAGUGGGGAGCCGCGGCCCCUGCCCCCGCCACCAUGUGCUGACCCACGACAAGGGCAACGCCACGGCCCACUGCGUCUGUGACUUGCGGAAGGGCUACAUCGCCUGGGGUGAUGGAGAGUGCCACCUACUGAACACUCGCGGGCCGUGCCCUCCGGGGCAACGACUAGCGGUGAGGCAGUGGCGGCCCCUCACCCCGUCCUGCACCUCAGAGCCCGCUCUACCCCUCACCCUGGAGGAGGACAAGCCCGGCCCAGACGCGCCGCCACACUUUGAGGUCAGCAAUAGCGUCACGGCGGCGCGCGGCGACGACACCUUCAGAGUGGGUGACACCAACGCCACCAUGGCGCCCCCCACCACCCCGCCGGCCACCACGACCACCACGACCACCACAGAGGCCACCGCCGGCCCCGGGACGAGGUCUGGCCGCUCCAUGCCAGGCAGCGAGGCGCGGGACGUGCUCGACUCGUCACACUUCCUGCUACCAGACGAAGAUGAGGAGUCCCGCACAUUCUACACGGGCCAUCCCGAGGGGGGCCGCUCCCUCGACCCAUGGUGGGGCACCCCAGCACCUUCGUCCUGACCCUACGUAGUCCUCUCUACCUCCUAAUGGGCAUUACAAUCCAAGGCACCAGUGCCACCUGCCUGUGAUACCCGGCACCCGCCCCGCUGCUCAACACCCCCGAACGCCGCCCACCCCGCCAGGAAACCCCCACAUCAGUAGGCGACGCGAAGGAGACGAAACAAUUAUGACGUGGCGGUGACCGCCUGCAGCUGUAUGCUACACGGUCACCUGUUGUGAAAAUGGCGAUGAUGAUGAUGAUGGAAAUUGUGAUGAAGAGAAAUCUGCGGUGAUAAGUCUGCAAAUGCUGUGGCGAGGUGAAGCAAUAAUCAGGUUCCCGUCACAAUGUUUUCCCUGAUAGUAAAUGAUGACGACGGUAAGAGGUAAUGACAAAAUAGAUAGUAAUGAUGGUGAGAGAUAAUGGCGAGGAGGCUGGAGAGAAAAGUCCACACCGGAGGGAAAGUUUUGGGUGGGGGUGGGAAGCGUGAACACCGUGCCUUCAAGUGUGUCUGGGUGUGCCGCAGCUGCCUGUCUACCCGUACGUCUUUCCACGCGCCCGCCUGACCGUUUUCAGUCACGACACGUUUCUGAAAACGCGUUUGUACGACAGUUCGUCAGCUUGUCACUGUUUUCUAAUUACAACAAAUGAUUCA